AUGGCUGUGCGAAGACUGGUGCAACUAGAACGGCGGUUGGACAAGAACGAAGAAUUGCGCAGGCGUUACAACGAGGCGAUGCAGACGUAUUUGGACCAAAAACAUAUGGUGAUGGUACCGGAGGAGAAGCUAAAGCUUUUCAACGGUUCGGCUAAAACAACAUCCAACUACUCUCUGAAUGAUGCUUUGAUGACGGGUCCAGUGAUUCAGGAUCCGUUGUUCGAUCUGGUUCUGCGAUUCCGCAAGUACUUUAUCGCUUUAGUUGGUGGCAUUGAGAAGAUGUACCUGCAGGUGAAGCAGCUGGCGCACGACAAAGGUAGUCAGUUUCCACGAGCGAAAGCGGCGCUCUUGAAUGAUUUCUACAUUGAUGAUUUUAUUGGAGGGGCAGACUCAGAAAGCGAAGCUAUAUUGUUACGGCAAGAGUUGGAGCAGUUGAUGCCUAAAGGUGGUUUUAGACUACGAAAAUGGGUCAGCAACGCCAAGAGUGCGUUGGCGGGUCUGACCGCAGAUGAAUUGGGAACUCAAUCAUCACUUAGUUUCGACCAGGAACUGGUGAAAACCCUAGGAAUUCACUGGCAACCAGGGCCAGAUUUGUUGGGUGUAGACGUAUCGUGUCUCGCUGUAAACGGACAGUGGACAAGGCGCAAGGUUUACUCCGUCAUUGCUCAACUAUGGGAUCCUUGCGGUUUCACGGCUCCAGUCAUCUCGUGGGCAAAGGUUCACAUGCAGCUAUUGUGGGUAGCCUCUCAAGGUUGGGACGAUCCAUUGUCGCAGGACUUAGCUAGUCGCUGGACGGAUUUUUAUCAGCAGCUGCCCAAACUCUCGGAUAUCAAAGUGGACCGGCACGCAUUCACUAAUCAUCCAAUUCUGAUCCAAUUUCACGUCUUCUCGGAUGCGUCCGAAGCUGCUUACGGCGUGUGUAUCUACGCUAGAUCCAUCAACCAACUGGGGCAGAUAAAGGUGGAACUCUUCGCGGCAAAAUCUCGUCCAGCUAGUUUGAAGAAGACUACUCUCGCCAGGUUAGAGUUAUGCGGUGCCUUCAUGGCAGCAAAACUAUAUCGUUCGAUCGUCAAGGCACUCGGGAUGAAUAGAACCGAAACUUGGUUCUGGUCAGAUUCGACAGUUGUGCUAUCGUGGUUGAAGCGGCCAUCGUACGUGUGGCCAACAUUUGUUGCGAAUCGUGUUUCGCAUAUUCAGGAGCUAACGAAAGGUCACCGCUGGAACCAUGUCAAGGGCACGGGGAAUCCAGCCGAUCUUGUGUCUCGGAGAGUAAUGCCAAGGGAUCUCGUCGAUAUGCAGCACUGGUUCAAUGGGCCACCCUGGUUAUCCUUGCUUGAUCAACAUUGGAAUAUCGAACAAAACUUGAAGUACGAGGAACCAUCGGAGGAGUUGCUGGAGAAAAAGAAGCACGUCUUUGUGGCGCGUACUGCAUAA